AUGUACGGCCGAUUCUGUGGCAUGUCGCGACUAUUCGCUGUAGCGCUGUUUGCGUUGCUCCUUGCCUUGCCCGCCGUUUUCCCCCAAGGCGCCAAGUUCCAGACCGAUGCGGACUGGGAGGAGUUCGAAGAGGAGGAGUUCGAAGCUGCCGUGCCAGUACACACGGCCAAGCCUGGCGACGCCGCGUCUCCGUCGCACAAGGACGCUGCAGUCAAGGGAGCAGAGGAAGCCGACAAGCCUGCGAGCAAGCUGUCCUUCGCUCUCACUCCCGCGCUCGGCGACUGGUUCUACGUGGAAACCGCCUGCAUUGUGCUGCUGACAGCCUUUGCCGCCAACUACUACUUUGGUCGCCAGGCCAACCGUCGCAUCGCCUUGAGCUGGGGUCGUACAUUCGCGCAGCUGCUCGACAGCAACUUUAGCCGCGUGGGCGAGGGCGGAGGUCUCCUGAUCAAGGAGAGCGAGAACCGGUAUCGCGUGCCGGCCACUGGUCGCCGCAACUGCCACGGCCUGCAGGCCACACUCAACGUGUACGAGUUCUUCAUGCCGGCGCCGGACACGCUGACGAUUGAGGUGGCCUACGAAGACAAUGUCGACCCUAUGGUCUUCGCCCUUGUGCCCAACUCGCGGGCCAAGGCCGUGCUCAAGGACAUGACCGACUUGAGCUUGUUCGCCAAGCAAGUCUCGUGGCCCGAGUUGAACCAGUGGUUCACCGUCAUCGCCGAGAGUGAGGACGCCGCCAGCCUUGUGCUCACCAAGCAGAUCUCUUCCUCUAUCGCCAAGUACCACAAGCUGGUCCGAUUCAUUCACAUCUCCGACCAGUUCCCCCACGUGACCUACAAACGCAUGAUGCGGUUCGAGCUCAACCUGCCGACUCCGGAGCAGAUGGAGGAGCUGGCCACGCUGAUGCGCAUGAUCAUCUUCCUCAUCGACCACCUGCCCACCGUCAGGCUCCCUCCUGCGGCCAAGGCCAGAGCAGACAAGAAGAGGACCAAGGCUGCCGAGGAGGAGGCCAAGGCCGCCCACGCGCAGAGGCAAGAGGCCGCGCAGCAGAAGAAGGCCGAGAAGAGGGCCAGCGACAAGGAGAAGCUCAAGGAGCUGCCCCCGGACCAGCAGGCCAAGGCCGCCGACAAGGAGGCUCGCCGCGCGCGCAAGAAGAAGAUGGGCAAGCUCAAGGUUGUUUACGGCUAG